GGAAGAAACUUCAGGAUUCUGAGUUUAUGGAAGAUAUUUAUUUUUCCUGAGUCUGUAAAAGAUGAUGUGUAUUGGUUUUUGGUGUAAUUUUUUUUAUCAUUUCUAGGGAGAGGAAAUUCUAAAAAAAAUUUAUGGAAAUUUUACUUUUAACAUGAGCAAUACACCUUAUGAGUUUGUGGGGGUUGUUUUCUGGGGAUGUCACAAUUAUUUUUAAUUAGUCGAAAGGGCAGUGUAAAUCAAAUGCGCCUAUUAGCUAUACAUUUUAAUUUAUAGCCUACCAGGUGUUCAGGGAAUUUAUUUACGGCAUAAACGAUUUAAUGUUUUCAGCAUGAUUUCUAUUUCAGCUCUUAUGCUGUCGGUUUUAUUUGCCUGUUUGGUGUGGAAUCUGGGCUUUUAAAUCGCCUCAGCAAGCGUCGUUUAACUUCAAAUAACCUGCAGGUAGAAAAACGCUUUGCUUUGCAUCUAAACCUUCUCGGAGCGCCUGCUGUAAUUCGGGGGCAGGAUGAGAAGGAGCAGCCGGCCGGCACGCCUCAGUGUUUUGUUGCGGCUGGUGCGGGUGUUGGGAAAGCAUUCCCUGUAAAUCAGGCUGUCAGCGGCACAACCAGCCACCCCGGCCGCGGGCUCUGGGGAGGCUCUGGGCGAGGGCUCCCGGGAUGCUGCGGGCACGGAGCGGCGUCCCCAGGUUUUAAGCCCCGGAGGAUACAAUGUUCGCUAAACUCUUCCAGCACUGGAGUUUCGCAGUGUUCCUGCUGAGUUAUUCCGUGCCCUCCUACGGGAGAUCAGUAGAGGGGAUCAGCCGCAGACUCAAACGGGCUGUAUCAGAGCACCAGCUGUUGCAUGACAAGGGCAAGUCAAUCCAAGACCUCCGAAGAAGAAUAUUCCUUCAGAAUUUAAUCGAAGGGGUCAACACUGCAGAGAUCCGCGCCACGUCAGAGGUGUCACCGAACCCUAAACCUGCCACCAACACCAAGAACUACCCUGUCCGCUUUGGCAGCGAAGAUGAGGGCAGAUACCUCACUCAGGAGACAAACAAAUCACAGACCUACAAGGAGCAGCCCCUGAAGGCGUCAGGGAAGAAAAAGAAAGCAAAGCCUGGGAAACGUAAGGAGCAAGAGAAGAAAAAGAGGCGAACCCGCUCAGCUUGGCUAAAUUCUGGCUCCUACGGAGACGUCGUGACCGAGAGCCCACUCUUGGACAUCUCUGUUACUACACAUAAUCAAACUCUAAGGAGACGCUGACAUUUUCAGCAAGAGAUAUUUGGAAGACACGUUGCAGUAUUCUGUAAUAGUGAACAUAUGGGAAGUAUUAAAAUAUUUAUUACCUGUAAAUAUUGUAAAUGCUCAGAAUAAAACCUUUUCCCCCCGUUGCUCUCUGAAACUGCACAUUUGGUUAUUGUGAAUUUUCCUUUUUUUUUUUUUUUUUUGGCUAAGGCUAAGACAAUUAUUAUUGUCACAUUUACCAUAAUUUAUUUUGUUGACUGGUGUAUUUAUUUUGUGAACGUAUCUUGGUGCUGCUGACUUUCUAUAUUUUUUGUAACAUAAUGCACUUUAGAUAUACAUAUUGAGUACAUUGAUAACUGACAUAAAAUGUUCCUGUUUUGUGGUUGAUUUCAAUGAAUGCCUACAUACAAUUGUUCAAACUGAUUUUCCUUUGUGCAUGUAUAAUAGCAGUAUUUUAAAAUUUGUAAAGAAUGUCUAAUAAAAUAUAAUCUAAUUAAAUCAUGA